AUGGCCCAGACUGUCUCCACAACCACGGCCACUUCGGCCCCGUCUUGCACAACAGCCAUACCAGGCCAAUACGGUUAUGUUCCACCUGACGCAUGUAAUGCACAGUGGGCAUACUCCCCGUCCUUCACAGCCGCAAUCGCUUUCUCGACGCUCUUUGGUAUACUUACCGUCGCCCAUCUUGCCCUUGCCAUCUGUUUCCGCAAAGGGUUCUGCUGGGUAUUGCUCAUGGGAACGGCAUGGGAGACCAUAUCCUUCGUCAUUCGAGCUCUCGGGGCCCACGACCAGCAAUCUCAGGCGUACUCGUUCGCUGCCACUCUCCUCUUUCUUCUUGCACCCUUAUGGGUGAACGCAUACGUAUACAUGACGGCUGGAAGGUUGAUCUGGGCAUACCAUCCUGACAAGAAAGUAUGGGGUUUCAAAGCCAUCAGCCUGGGCAAAUACUUUGUGUGGCUCGAUGUUUUCUCAUUCCUCGUGCAAGCCGUUGGCGGUGUUAUGCUGUCGCCCGGCGGAAGCGAGACUACCAUGAAGACAGGGAAGAACGUUUAUAUGACGGGCGUUGGCGUUCAGCAGCUUUUUAUCCUUCUCUUCUUCGCGCUUAUCGUUCGCUUCCAGAUCGAGGUCCAACGCUUCGAAGCCAGUGGCGCAGGCUGGCUCGGCAAGAGGUGGCAGUGGGUUACGUAUGCGCUGUAUGCGGCCCUGGCCCUCAUCACCAUGCGUAUCGUCUUCCGUCUGAUUGAGUUCUCCGCUGGAACUGGGGUGGACAAUCCGCUGCCGUACCACGAGAAGUACGCUUUGGCUCUAGAUGCGUUCCCCAUGACGCUAGCUAUUCUUAUCUUAGCCGUCAUCCACCCAGGUCUUGCACUCAAAGGUCCCGAGAGCGAAUUUCCCAGCAGGAAGGAGAGGAAGGCCGAGAAGAAGAUCAUCAAGGCCGCGAAGAAAGCCGAGAAGCACGAACGUAAGAUGGCGAAGAAGGGUGGAUAUUCCAGUGUCUCGGACAUAGAGAUGAACAGUGUCUAA